AUGCGUAUCUUGGUAACAUUUCCAUUUACUAUGUUAUUGUUUUACUUAAAAGUUUUACUUGAGAAUAGUCGUGAGAGGUGGUCGGCCAUCGCCACUCAUCUUCCGGGCCGAACUGAUAAUGAAAUCAAAAACUUUUGGAACACCCACCUAAAGAAAAAGCUAAUCCAAAAUGGCUUUGAUCCCAUAACCCAUAGACCGAGAACUGACCUCAAUUUACUCAACAAUCUCCCCCAACUGAUUGCAGCGGCCACCAAUUUGAAUCAAUGGAUGUACCCAUUUGAUCAUGCACUCAGAUUACAAACUGAAGCUGCUUGCUUAGCAAAAAUUCAAUACCUUCAAGGCCUUUUACAAUCCAUGAACAACGUUAUUCCUCAAAACCCAAUCAACAUUUGGGAUCCCAUGGCUUUUUCCAGGCCAUUCCAGUCCAGUGAACCACCAUUGAUGGAUCCAUCACAGCUUGAAAGCUUAGCUUUUUCUCUGGGGCUUUCAACUGAUAGUGCAACUGUGGAUCCCAAUGCUCAUGGGGUCGAAAAUGUCCAAAUUCAAAGUGGUUUUCAUGAUUCUUCAUACUUAAGAAAUGAUACUCAAGAGGAUUCCAUAUUGAAUAGCCUCAAAUUGAUGGGUGAAGAUCAUGUGAAUAGUGGGGAUUGCUCUCAUGCCAGUAAUUUACCAGAGCCUCUGGUAAUGAAUCAGACUGAUACAUCAACCAGUUCAUCCAUGGGUUAUGAGCCAUGGGAGGAGCUCAACCUUGAUUAUCAAACCAGUGAUUUUUACUGGACACCAUUGAACCAAGCUACUUCACCAACAUAUCCUACCGGAUCAUAGCUCUACAAUACAUGGUUCAAAAGCCCAAGUGGACUUGCUUCUUGUACUUCAAAAUGCCUCUUCAUUAAAUUGAGAUUGUUUUGUUUAUUGUGCUUUUGGACUUGAUGUUGUAAAUGGAUGAAUAAAUCAUUGUGUAGAGAGAGAUAUUAAACUUUUUUUUUUU